GAGUUCACGUUAAGCUCUCGUUCUUAUCCUCUCGCGAUAUUUCUCCAGUAUCAGAGCUAUGGCAAUAGAAAACACAACGGGCAGCAAUGAAUUCGCGACGAUUUACACAAGAGACAGUCUCGCGAAUGACUCGUGUCAGGAAUAUGACUGUCCUCAGUCGAGGGUGUUUAAAAUAAUCGUUAUUGGUGAUUCAAAUGUUGGAAAGACAUGCCUAACUUACCGGUUUUGCGGUGGCAAAUUUCUCAAAAACCCCGAGGCAACAAUCGGAGUAGAUUUUAGAGAGAGGACCCUGCAACUUGAUGGAGAAAACAUAAAGUUGCAGAUAUGGGACACGGCUGGACAGGAGCGCUUCAGGAAGAGUAUGGUGGAGCAUUACUACCGCAAUGUCCAUGCCAUCAUCUUUGUAUAUGAUGUGACCAGUCUGGCUUCAUUCGAGAGUCUGCCGGAGUGGAUUGAGGAGUGUUGCCGUCACGCAGUCCCUCCCAUGGUACCCCGCAUCCUAGUUGGGAACAAAUGUGACUUAAGAGGAGCAAGAGAGGUGUCCACUUUUUUAGCUCAGCGACUGGCUGAUAGCUACAACUUUCCCCUUUUUGAGACAUCUGCAAGAGACCCUGCAGAAAAAGAGCACGUAGAUGCCAUUUUCCUCACAUUGGCCUACAAGCUGAAGAAUCACAAGCCUCUUAGACUGAAACAGCUAAGUGAGAGCAGCUUCAUACAGCUCGCUGGUGAACAGGAGAAGACUCCCUGUUUAUGCUAAUGCACUACAGUCAGUAUCAUGCAAUAAUUUAGGUUGACUAGAAAAUGUGAGGGUGUCCUUAGCUUUCUGUAUGAAGUCAAGGAAGAAAGAGUGAUUAGGUAAUAUACAGUGUCUACAGGAUUUCAGUUGGUGCACAUGCAGUUUACAAAUGUGUUUGGAAGCAUAAACAAUGGAUCAAGUGAGAGUUUUGUUUUGUUAAACCACAUAUCAUGAAGCAAGUGAUGUUUGUUGCACCUGCCUUAUUACCGCAUAUUAUUAUUUAAAAGCAUUUGUGACUCUCCAGAACCAUGCUCAAUGACAUGAAGACCUGACUCGGAGCCUGUUGUAACAUUUUCUGUCUCUAAUAACGUUGCAUGUUUUUUCAAUGUUAUAUUUAAUGGUUAUGACUAUAUUGUGACAAUUCCAUGUAGGUUGCUGUGGUUAAAAUUCUGAAGGCAAUCUGGAGAAUGUCUGACGAUCAGAAACAAAGCAGUGGCCCUCAUUAUUGUGCACCAUGAGCUUUCUGAUAUGUUUACAGAUAGAGAACAGUUAGGCUACUAUUAUCUUUAUCUUUUAUUAUCUGUUUGCACUAGAAAUUCUACUUCUUUAUAAAAAUCUAUAUUGUAUGCAAGGCAAGCAUGGUUUAAAGUGAACCAGAGAGAAAUGGACAGUUGUGUAAUGCAUUACUAAGGCUAUAGCUGACUCCAGUAUGAACACUAGUGGGCGCCACUGUCAAAGUAUUCAGAGCAUUAUAAGCAUUCCUAUGAAACCAAUUGAGAUUAAAAGCAAGGGGAAAAACUUCACAUCCUUAAUCUUAACUAAAUGAAGAGCUGUUAUAUUCUAGCCUCAAUGUGAAAUAUUUGCAAAACAUGCUCUAAAACCUUUAACAUAUUAGUGAUGUUUAAUGUCUUACAAGCAUCAAUCAGACUUCCUCACAUCUUAAAGGCUUGAUUUCAGUCUUUUGUUUUGAUUAUGACAACCAUAGCAUUUGGAAAACAGGGACUGUAUUGCACUUUAAAUUGAGAUUAUGUCAUGUCAAAAGUUUGUCUUCAUUAUUUGGCAUCGUGUAUAAUUUUUUUUCUAAGCCUACUUGAGAGAAAUAUGUUGUCAUUGUGUACAUAGUUUACAAUGCCUCUCAUAUGUGUUUGGAAGUGAAUAUGAAAAUAAAAUGCAAUAAAGUAA